CUCGUCUUGACCAUCUCUCGCCGGCGCAGGAUAUACACCUCUUUGCGACCUUUCCAAUCGAAGUUCAUCUCCCCCCAAUCCAUCAAAAAUGGCUCCCGUUGCUGCUCGUGGUCGCAGGGCCCCCAAGGUUACCCAGAAGUACAUCAUCAACGCUUCGCAGCCCGCUAGCGACAAGAUCUUCGAUGUCUCCGCCUUCGAGAAGUUCCUCCACGACCGCGUGAAGGUCGAGGGCCGUGUCGGCAACCUCGGUGACAAGGUCGUCAUCUCCCAGGUUGGCGAUGGCAAGAUCGAGGUCGUUGCCCACAUCCCCUUCUCUGGUCGCUACCUCAAGUACCUGACCAAGAAGUACCUCAAGAAGCAGCAGCUCCGUGACUGGCUCCGCGUCGUCUCCACCUCCAAGGGUGUCUACGAGCUCCGCUUCUACAACGUCGUCAACGACGAGGCUGAGGAGGAUGAGGAGUAAAUGUGUCGUUCUCGACAUGUUCUUCCACCUGUCCUUGGGAUCGAUCGGUUCUAGUCUGUGUGUGUCGCGUUCGAUAUGUCUGAAACCUCAGUUUGGAUUGAGAGCGAGAGCCAUGGGGGGAUAGAUUGGUCUAUGAGGCCACGAAUAAAACUAAAAAAGUUUAUACCCU